GGCUGAUCAGUAAUGAGCCACUGGUGUGCAGGGCUUGGGAGUGCACAGAGGACACCUGGUGGACAGGUGAGGAAUGACCAAACAAGAGCAGCUGGAGUUGUGACAAAGACUGAUAAAGGCUGAGUCGUUAGAUGGCGCUAUCAGUAAACGAGCCACUGCCAAGGAUCUGCUCGUACAGUGAGACGAGAGAGUCAGCCAGUUUCAAGGAACUUGGCAGCCGUGCGUUACUGCGCUUGAUGCCACUAUAUGUCCAGGACUUUAAACAGGGGUGCAGUCAUAAAAGCACGAUUUUUUUUCUCUUUAAUUCCUGUUUGCUCCUGUGGAGAACCUGAAGGAGGACUACCGAUCCGCUGCUGCAGGACGUACCGGCGGGAUUCCCGCUGAAGUUGUUCACCCGCAGCACAGCACGGACAGCCGCCGGGGCUGAGAAGUUGCCCGUUUCUGCAGCAGACGCGCAGUCAAGCCUCGGGACUGUGGUCCAAAGUUAUGGUUUUGACGCUGCUUGCCACACAGACGUGUGCGAUGUUAAGGAGACCCGGUGCUUUGUACGCGUGUGGAAAAUGAUUGCGACCAGCACCGAGCUUUUCAUUAUGGUGAGGAGAUGUCUUCUCACUUUCAAGCCAUUCAGGAUCUUUGUGGUGGGGAUUGGCUUCUUCAGCCUGUGCUUUCUAAUGACCUCUCUUGGGGGCCAGUUCUCGGCCAAGAGACCCGGAGAUUCCCCUUUCACCGUGCGAGCCGAAGUGCUUGGUGGCCAAGAAUCCCGUGGUGUGCUGAGAAAAAUCAGUGACAUGCUGGAGGUCAUUAUGAAGAGGAUGGAUGCUCUGUCUAAACUGGGCAACACCACAGACACCCACAGACUGGAUGAGCUCAGCUCGGCCCUGGACAGGAUUCAGCCUGUAGGGCUAGUGGAGCGGAUUCAGGCCAUAGCCCAGAACAUGUCUGACAUGGCAGUGAGGGUGGAGCAGAUCCUACAGCGCAGCAUGGCCAGCAGCAGAGUUAGGGAUGGAGCAUUAGGACAGUGUGAGACUCCUAAAGAUCCCCGUUAUCCGGACUGUCCCGGCAAGAUGGAUUGGAUGCGUGCUCGUUGGACCUCAGACCCAUGCUAUGCCUUUUAUGGGGUGGACGGCUCUGAUUGCUCCUUUCUAGUCUACCUGAGCGAGGUGGAGUGGUUCUGUCCCCCGCUGGCCUGGAGGAACCAGACUGCCACACCCACCUUGAAGCCUCCGCCCAAAAGACAGGCUGUUUUCCAGUCUGACAUUGGGAAUCUGCUGGAGCAGGUGGGCACCGGGAAGGAAUCGCUGAGCUUCAUGAAGAGACGCAUACGCAGGCUGGCAGCUCAGUGGGCCUCUGCUGCUCGACGGCUGGAUGACAAGCUCCGCAACCACUGGAGAGAGCAGAAAAGGAUUUUAGUUCAUGUGGGCUUUCUGACAGAGGAGUCUGGGGACGUCUUCAGUCCCAAGGUACUGAAAGGCGGUCCUCUGGGUGAGAUGGUGCAAUGGGCUGACAUCCUCACCGCCCUCUACAUGCUGGGACACAACCUCAAGAUCUCGGUUUCUCUCAAAGAGCUGCACGGGUUUCUGGGGGUCCCUCCAGGAAGAGGAAGCUGCCCUCUGACGGGGCCUCUGCCCUUUGACCUCAUCUACACUGACUACCACGGCUUACAGCAAAUGAAGCAGCACAUGGGUCUGUCACUGAGGAAGCACAAGUGCCACAUCCGAGUGAUUGACACCUUCGGCACUGAGCCUGCCUACAACCACGAGGAGUACGCCACCCUGCAUGGCUACAGAACCAACUGGGGCUACUGGAACCUUCAUGGCCAGCAGUACAUGACUAUGUUCCCGCACACUCCUGAUAACUCUUUUAUGGGUUUUGUGGCGGAGGAGCUGAAUGAGACAGAGAGACUGAACAUUCAGCGGAACAAGGUUAACAAUAUGGCUGUUGUGUACGGCAAGGAAGCCAGCAUGUGGAAGGGAAAGGAAAAGUUCUUGGCCAUUUUGCAUCGAUACAUGGAGGUCCAUGGGACUGUGUACUAUGAGACGCAGCGCCCCCCGGAGGUGCCUGCCUUUGUCAAGAACCACGGUCUGCUGCCUCAGCAGGAGCUGCAGCAGCUCCUCAGAAAGGCCAAGCUGUUCAUUGGAUUUGGCUUCCCCUACGAAGGUCCCGCCCCUUUAGAGGCCAUAGCCAAUGGCUGCAUCUUCCUACAGCCUAAAUUUAAUCCCCCUCACAGCUCUCUCAAUCAUGAGUUUUUCAGAGGGAAGCCCACCUCCAGGAAGGUGUCCUCCCAGCAUCCUUAUGCAGAGCAAUAUAUUGGCAAGCCACAUGUCAUCACUAUUGACUUCAAUAACUCUGAAGAGUUUGAUGCAACCAUCCGUGAGAUCAUGAAAAUCAAUGUGGAGCCUUUCCUGCCCUAUGAGUACACCUGUGAGGGGAUGCUUGAAAGAGUUCAUGCCUACAUUCAGAAUCAGGAUUUUUGCUCCCCUGAAGCUCCUUUUCCUCCAGUCAACUCGUCUGGAACUUGGAUGGGAAACCCUCCCAGUCCUUUCAUCCUGCUGCCAAACUCCAGCAUCCUAACCUGGGCCACCAACGCCAGCUCCUACACAUCCUGGCCACCGCUCAGCGCGCUGCAACUUUUGGCUUCCCUGGAGGGCCAGUCGUGUGUGAAGGCGUGCCAGAGUGCAGGGCUGAUCUGCGAACCCGCCUUGUAUCGCUUCAUCAACAUUAAGGAGGCCUUCAGAGCGCUGGACUUCCAUUGUGAGGGAGUGGAGUCGGAGAUGAACCACCUCUUCCCCGCCUUCUCAGCAGAGCAUGCUGAAUGUGGCCUGCAGCAGGAUCCGCUGCUGUUCAGCUGUGCCGGUUCCAGCGCCAAAUACCAGCGCCUUUGCCCCUGCAGGGACUAUCGGGACGGCCAGGUGGCACUGUGCAGAGACUGCCUAUGACCAGAGGAGGACCCGUGGACGGAGACUCUUUUCUGAGACGAGAUCCCGACUGUCUCACGAAACUUUGCCCUCUUUGAAAAGGUUUGGUGUAUUGCAGUAACACAUAAACAGUGACUCUGCUCCCUCACCUCUGACCGAUGACCGACUGUCGAUGUAAGUAAGAUGGUAUUACCUCUCAGGGAACUGCAUGAUUGUACUUUGAAUCUGGUGGAUUUGAAGCCUCAGUUUGAUGGUUUACAUGGCUGCAUCAGGACCACAGUCUUUACAGAAGUCAUGAUGAAAUGUGUCAUUUGAUGGAUCUGUUAAAUUAGGUAAAGAAGUUCUGAGCAAUCAAAAGGAAAGCUUUGUUUUAAAAAAAAUAAGUUUAAAUGCUUGAAUUUCACAAGUGUGUCUACUCAGUGUUGCGUGAGUAUUUACAGUAUUAUAGUGGAGUUUGGAUGUUUGUACCACAUGCACCCAAAGCCAUUUCCACCAUGUUGAGAUGUACUAUUUUACAUGUUCUGUAAUGAAUAUAUUUGUAUAUACGUGUUGUUUAAUAAAACACUGGAAAAAAAAAGAUGUUUCCA